AUGCGCUCCCCCACACCGUCCUCCGCCGCAUCCGAGCGAGAUCUACCGACGGCCUUUCUAGAUGAGGGUAUGACUCACGCGCUAACCGAUGUUCUGCGUCUCGAGGCUACACGUCAGCUUGAAGAGCGAUGGAAUGGGAUGGAAAAGUGGGUCAAUGAUCGCAUGCGCGUCGUCGAAAUGCAGUUGAUGCAUAUGGAGCGCCAGUUUUGGAAGCGCAGCCACGCUGCGGUAUUCAAAGGACCACCACGCACGCCUCUCUCGUCCGUGGAUUCGUCCAGUCUCUCGAGUUUGUCGUCUAUUACGCCCAUCAGCGCCUCGCCCGACAUCGACUCGCCCCGCUCGCUCGAUGCAUGUGAGGCACCAUGCUCGCCCGAGUCGACGAGCUGGCUGUAUUCCAUCAUGGAGGACACCGAGUCCCCCCUCCCUGGUACGCCCACAUACUUACACACAGGCGCAGCAGCUUUCCAGCACGCACUGCUGCUCGAGCCGUCGGCGUCCAAGAACGCCAAGGCUGGCCCUGCCACCGACCUCCCCCAGCUCUGGGCGCCGCCACCCUCCCCGCCGGCCGUCCAGCCCGAGAGCCUUAACAUUCAGGCCAAGCUUCGCGCGCUUCUGGGCAGUGAUCGUCCAGAACUGAGUGCGGAGCUGCAGCGUAUCCUCAAGCAUGGCCCACACACUGUGCGCCGCAGCCUGCUCGAGCAUAUGCAGCCCAUCCUCAUACCCUUGGCGCAGGAUCACCUGGGUCACUUCGUCGUGCUACGCGCGCUUCGCGUGGAGCCUGCUCUCGGGCAGCGGCUUUGCGGCCACGCGGCUACCCUCGUCCGCAAUCCGCACGGCGCCCGAGUCGUGCAGUACCUGCUGGACCAGGACUCGGGCCUGCAACAUCGUGCGUUGACCGAGCUACUCGCGUGCGACCUAAGCCAAACGCUUCUCGCGCCCGAGGCGCUUCCCGUGUGGCGCCAGGUGCUUAGCACAGAUUGGACAGAUUCGAGCAUUCGGUCUCGCUUCCGCAGCGCGGUGAACGAGGCACUGCAGGGGCAGUGGGUCGCUACGGCCAACACAGAAGGCGGCAGUGCCCUGUGCCAGAGUCUCGUCGAGCACCACUGGCUCGGCGAACACGAUAGUGGCGUGCAGGAGCUGCUCGACCACUUUCUCGACAUCGCAUGCCACCAGUGGGGCGUUUGGGUCGUCCAGCACAUGCUCGAGCAUGGCACAGCGGCCCUGCGGGCCGCCAUCGCGCACCGGCUCUUGCAGGCUGCCAAUGUCGUAUCACUCUCAUCGUACGGCGGCAAGGCUAUCCAGUCGGCCCUGCAGUGGUGCGGCGACGCGUUCCAGCGGUCAUAUGCGGAGCGCCUGUGCCAGCUUGGAGGGCCAGUGCGCCCUUCGCGCACAGGCAACGCCACGCUCCGUCCCCUGCUGAUUGACCUGGCAGCCGCGCAGCACGGCCUGCCGAUCAUAACCGAAGAGUGCACGCAGCUGGGCAGCGCGCCGCUGUGCGUGUUCGAGGCAGAACUGCACGAGCUCGGGGAACGCCAGCUCGCGCGGCUCGCGCACGGCACAGUGCCCGAGCACCUUGAUCCAAAACGCUUCCUCACUGUCGGCGCCGUCGACAAGCCCGAGAUGGAGACGACCCAUUGCGAGCGACUCUUCGAAGGCUGUCAUAUCCGCAAGCAGGUAGGUAGAAUCAUGUACGCCAAAUGUCGCGAGAAUGGGCAUGCCAUGGAGCGCGAGGGGCUGGGUAUCAUGCGCAUCAAAUACAGCUUGGUCCACGGACGGUACGCUGCGAGGCACAGGGAGUCGACAUUGGUGCAGCGCGGCGACCGCCGCAAGCGCGGCAGCAUCCAGCACCGAGCCAUCGGCGCUCAGACAUACCACAUCGACAAAGAUACUCCAGACCGCUACGCCCUCCUCAAUACAUAG